AUGGAAAGUACUUCUAUCGAGGAGCUGAAUAUUUUAAGAGAGGUAUCCCCUGUCUGGGUGUGGCGACUCGGUCACAGCGCGUCACCGCUGCUCGAUGGUGACCGCGAACGACCGGCGUUGGGCAGCUCAGCCCAGCUAACAAAAAGUUAUCUAACACUUCCGAAGGAGCUGUGGCAGGAAUCAUGUGGAGUAGGCUCCAUGACCGAGACUAGUACGAUUCUGCUUGUAUUGCAGCUCGGGGACUUCAUAGGCUUGAUUGUCAAUUGUAAUUCUUCAGCACCUAUCACUGGUAACCUCUAUACCUCACUCACCUCUGCUCUCUUGCCCAACGACGAGACUAAGCAGUCCAUGUUGGACGAUAUGGUCAGGAAGGGAGAGGCGGCGGGUAGAGAUGCAUAUGUCGGGGGGUUUCUUUUUUCGCCCAGAGAUGUCGGCUCCGCGAAACUCAUCAUUUGUGUCGGUUGCCUCAAGUCCGACUUCAACACCGACAACUUCACAUACCCCACCCCCAAACAGCGCACCAUCGAGCUCCACUCUGACCACACCCUCGCCAACAGCUCGUCCCGAAAUUCGUUCCGUCUUGCCGUCUGCGCCUCCAAGUUGUCCGUCCCCCAGUUUGAGGCGAGGUUCCCCACUAAGGAUCCCCUCUGUGAGGAGACGACCAGCCAUGUGUGGAUGUGGCCGAGGAUAGGCCAGUUCUUCAGGGAGAAGGACGUGAUUGUGAGUGAGACGGCCAAAUUCCCUGAGGAAGUUUCGGAUGGACGGCCGGCUCCACGCCCGGUGCUGCCCUCGCUGUCCACCACCAGAACUUCAGGGCUAUCACAUAAGGAUGGCAUCGGAGUCGCAAGCCUGUCAGCACGCCCACACAUCAUGGCAUCCACCAUCGACUCAGACCCAGCACACGAAGGGUUGCCUAUUACCCACGCUGAGCUUCUUGCUCGCAUCGUCGCGGUCGAAUCCCGACUUCGACGCACUGUCGAGAACCAGAUCCGAUUUGAAGGAAUGGUCUCGCGGCUGUUGUCAGAGAUAAAUGCUAUCAAUGACAGAUGCUCGGAGACGGACAAGAUCUGUACAGAUAAUUGUCGGGAUAUAGUGAUCAUUGAUAACAACGUCUCUACUCUGAAUGCUCGUGUGGAGGAAGGGUACGAUGAUCUCAAGGCUCACUGCGCCCGAAUCGCAACGCUAUACCAUCGUCGAUAUCGACAGUAUUGUGCUUAUCCCAUAAAUCUGUUUGGUCAGGAUUCGUUCUCGGCUCACUAUAAGCAAGACCAGGCACCAACUGGCGUUCAAGAAAAGCCUGACAUUCAAAUGCAGGGACUAAUUCGUCUUACCCAAAUUCAACACUGGUCAGAGGAGGGGGGCGGGCUCCACGAUGUACUUCUUGAUACUCAGCCAAGCGACCGAGGGUUCGGACGUACCCGUGCCAGCCAUAACAUUGCGGCUGGUGCUGCCUUGUCGAGUCGCCAUGGCGUUGGCCCUACACCACCCAUCCUGCCAUCGAAGCCAUACAGCGCCUAUAUGUCUCUCUCGAGAAACGCUCGACCUCGCCAUUGUUCGCUCUCAACUAGUACGUCAAGCGCCAACGGUCAGAUACCUAGUGCCUGA